AUGUCAUUACAAGUAUCAGAAACUACAGGAGCCGUUACAGAAGCUACGGAUGUAGUAUCUAAUUCAGGAUUAACCUUUAUGGAACAAAUUACUAAUUUUGGGUAUACUUAUGCCAUGCUAUUUAUAGCUGUAGCCGGUCAGGUAGGAGUAGCCACUACUUCUUUUGUUGCUUUGUUAGGGGCAUUAGGACUUGCUAUAGGAAUGGGCUUACAGGGAACUUUAGGUAAUUUUGCUUCAGGAGUUUUAUUACUCAUUUUCCGCCCUUUUAAAGUAGGAGAUUUGAUAGAGGUACAAGGUGAAUUAGGAUUUGUGAGAGAACUAUCAGUAUUUGUUACUCAAAUUGAAACCUUCCAAAAUAAAACAGUUUUUAUUCCUAAUGGUCCUUUAUUAGGUGGGAAUAUUAAGAAUUAUUCUAAGAUUGGAAACGUAAGAGCUGAUAUUCCUUUUGCUAUUCGUUACGGGAGUGAUGUGGAUAAAGCAAAAGAGAUCGUGUUGAACAUACUUAAAAACUCACCUGUUGUUUUACAAGACCCUGCACCAAGUGUGUAUGUGACCGAAUUAACUACCAGCAACAUUCAACUUACUGCAUUGCCGUUUACUACAGUAGCAGAUUAUUGGGAUGUGUUUUGGGGGCUGAGAGGAGAAAUUGUAAAACAAUUAGGAGAUGCUGGAUUUGAAGCACCAUUUGAACAACGAGUAGUAACGAUGAAGAAUUAA